UUUAAAAUUAAAUCCGUACCAUUGUUUUUCAGAUGUAGGGCAUGAAAGAGGCUGCAAAAGUAUUCCAUUUAAAACUAUGAAUGUCCCUAAACCACCGUUUUCUAGUCUAGAUUAUUUACAAAUUUCCCUGUCUUAGUUGUGAGUCUUCAAGUUAAAAACUUUAUUAAAUUCUGAGAUUGUCUUAGUUUGGAUUUAAUAUGAGGGUGAGGAAGUGGAGGCACUGUUUUCUCAACAGACUCUGUCCACGGCCACCCCAGCAAACCCAAUUCGCUCUAUGCUUUUCAUGCUACGUACUCAACCCACUUAAGCAGAAGCCUUUGUUUAAAUGAUGUGCUUUGUCAAUCUCCAUUUAGUGGCUUCUUUACGACAAACUCUGGCCUUUGAAUAUUAACCGUGUGAUCACUCUUGCCACACAGGCAGCGGCCCAGGACCCCCUAUCGACACAGCCCGGCUUUGUGUUUAAAACUACGCUUUGGCUUAAAGACUUUAGCGGGUCAACAAGUUAAAGAGAAUUUUCCUUUCCAAUGCAGACUACUAAAAAAAACAAGUUGAUGGAAAAUCCUCACAUCUCGACCGUAAAUAAAAGAAAAAAGAGAACACGUUUGAUUAGCCCCCGUCUAUCCACGUCACUGUGGGGUUGUAAACCUUUAGUAGAGUGCGACUGUAGGUCUAGCAGCGGUUGUAAGAGGGUAACAGUGGGUGGGGGAGUCUCACUGCAGUGUUUUUGCAGGCCAAUGACCCUCUUUAUUGAGUCAGGAAAUCCUAAUUGGAGUCGGAAGAGUCUUUAGUGGCCAGAUGCGUAAAGACUAACAGAGAUGACCCAGCCCCCUCUAAGGACAAUCGACCACCAGCUCUUCAGCCUCUCUCCCAACCUGCUGUGUUAAAUAAAAACGCACAAACAGAAUAUGCAAGGCCGUGUCCCCUCUGUCCAACCGAGGAAAUGCUACCUGACGGUGCAAAUCCAUCCACAGGCACAUGUGCUGUGAUCAAAGAUAACUUGGUGAACAAAGCAACCAAAUCGUGUGUUCGAGGUUCAUGAGGACGACAGAGGUCGGUCAUGUGAUCAAGUCAAGCUUAGUAGAAAUUCUUUAAAAACCAGUACAUACAGUCUAUAAAUGUUGAGACUGAUGUGGCUGCUUUAACAUGAAGAUGAACAUUUUUACGAGUGAUUGCUUCCACGUGUAUCCUCUCAGCUCUUCCCCUUUAUUUGCUGACUACUCGCUCUCCCACGAUGCUGUGUGAGGUAAAACUGUGCGAAUCCGAACCUUGUUCUAACUCAGUGUAUUUUACUUUCAAUUUAAAGUGGAGUACCCAGAUGUUAUUGUUUGCUAGUAGGCAAAUUAAAGGGAAUGUCUGUGUUACCUUUUGUUUUGUUGCCAAUCCUUAUCAGGCGGUUUAACCAAAGCCAGAGAUCCCUGUCGGUAUAUCUGGGCACCCGCACAUUAUCCAAGUGAGGCUGUGAAAGUAGGAAAGAUCUGAGGAAGCUGGACUCGAUUUGGAAAUACCUCCCCAGACCUGCUAUCCCAGUCUGGAAUCAGAAGAGCCAGGUUUGUGUUCAUGUGUGUGCCGUUUCACACAUACAGAUACGUCUAUCCGUGUGUUUAUCCCCCAAACUGAGUCAAAGCCACACUGACCAACAUACUCCACCAGACCAACAUGAAAAUCAUGAUUCAGGAAUAUCAAUAGUUGUGCAUGUGAUAGUUUUACAGUGUCUUUUUCGCCCUGCAUCUGGGCAAAAUAAUCUUACGUAUUAAUUUGUUUGUUUCCGGAUUAAAUUCUGCAGCACCAAGAAAAGCAGACUAAACUUUUGAAAUUGGUAUCACUUUCGAAUCAUCUUUUGAUGAUUGAAAAGGGGUUAAUCUAACAUUUAAGCAAACCUUUAACCUGUUUUCACUUUUGUGUAACCCCACUGGGACUUCAAAGUGAGAUUAAGAAGCAAAGACGUUGCAGGGCUAAUGCUUGCUGCCACCGCCUCCCUGAACUCUGGGGUGAGUCAUGUAGUACUUGGUACUGCCAUCUCAUGUGUUUUGCUUUACUUUCCUCUUUUUAAAGAAACAACAACCUGUUUUUUUUCUUUCACAAAGAUGUGUAAAUGCGUACAGUGGAAUGUUUUUGCCCUCUUGUAACAGAACUCCUAAUAAUUCCUUAAUCUCUGUUACAAAAUCAAAGCUGGAUAAAUAAUUGGAUAAAAUGUGAAUUUGUACAGCAUUGCUGAGGCUCUCUAUGUGGACUAUAAAGCUUGCUGUCUCUCAGUGGAGGCAUUUCCUAGUAUUCUGAGAAAAGCUCUGUAAUCUAAGUGAGAGACUGAAUAGAAAGUGAAGUUUCCUGAGAGAGGUUUAUUUUGGCACAGAGAAAUAUAACAUGCCUUGCAGUUCAAACACAAUAAAACCUUAAUCUAAAGGGUCAUAACCUGCUAAUUACCGGGGCCCCAUAAGUGAUGAUGACCGUCAGUCAGCGCGUCCUGUGAAAGAGGCUACCUGAGUCGGACCAGGUGACAAGUGCCAGGACCGCUCCAGCACCUUAGAUGAAAGGUCGUUGUUAUUGGUCUGCGUCCCAGGUCAUGGGGGAUUUCAGCACUUUAGAGGGACUUCUAGCCUCUUGGUUUUCACCCUGUGCAUCUUUGUUAGACCAGGGAGGAGAUCCAGACAUCAUUUCCCACGUCUAAUAAACCAUCUGCUCUCCAUCUCAGGUUCUCCACAGCCUUCUCCUCAAAGCACACCUUCUACACUAACAGAUCAGAAGACCCAUUAUAAGGAUUCAGCCUAAAAUAGGGACAUAUUACACUUUCAUAGCAUCUCAUCAAAACAUUUUAAAGUCUAAUCUGGAAUUAAAAAAGGAAAAUGACAAAUCUUCAGGAAAAAAAAACUAACAACAAGUAAAUAAAAAAAAAAAGUCAUGAUUGUUGACUUUUUUUUCUGUCGUCAUCAAUCUCAUACUUCAAAGUGUUCAACCUACUUGAAAAUGACCCGAGAUCGAGGAGUCUCACCUGACAGACUUCUAUCCGCCCAUGGGAAAACUGGGAGGAUACAGCACCGGAGGCGCGCCUGCGCGUUCACGGGGAAGAGUGUGGAAGUUUCCCUGAGGUCCGACUGAAGUGGGACCAGGGACUCCGGCGAAUGAAGCGCCACGGUCUGCCGGAAUAAAGAAGACAUAAACAGAAAACAAGUUUAAAUUGAUACCUGCAUUUGGAGUCAGAUCUUUGGACUAACAGAGAACUGACAGUAGGGGGGAAUACUGGAAACUUUACCGGAGCUCUGUAAUCUGUAAAACCACUACUAGACCUCCCCCGUGCCUCACCCAACUGUCUGCAACCAUCAGGAGAUCUACAUGGACCUCAGCAGCCUGAGCACGCAGCUGGUCCUGACGCUGCUCAAGUGACCACCAUGGAUUCACAUCAGGUGCUAGUCGCCCCUCCUCCACCCCCACCCCCACCGCCCCCUCCUCCCCCACCCCCUCCUGCAUCUCUGAGCCGGGUGGACAGCGCUCGAAGUCGGCUGAAGAAGCUAAACUGGGAGCGCAUCCCUAAGGAGAAGGUGGAGGGGAGGAAGAGCGUGUGGAAUGGGGCAGUCCCUGGCGAAGAUGAGUUCCUUAUAGACCUCAGCUCUCUGGAUGAACUUUUCGGUCAGAAGGAGAGCAAGCCAAGGGACAGAACCAGCACCCUGAGGCGGCGAUCAGCGAUGAUGCGCUGUAGGUCCCCACAGGACCCUCCUAUGCAGAUUUCUCUGUUGGACUCCAAACGCAGUAUGAACAUCGGAAUUUUUCUACGGCAGUUCAAAAUGCCUGCUAAAGAGAUAGUUAAAGACAUCAAGCAGGGUUCUGGAGACCACUACGGAGCUGAGAAGCUUACCGAGCUCUGCAAGCUGCUGCCUGACAGUGAGGAGGAGUCUCGGCUGAGGAGGUUCUGUGGGGAACGGAGCUUCCUCGGAGAGCCAGAUCUUUUCAUGCUGCUGUUAGUUGAGGUACCAAGUUUUCGGCUUCGUCUCGACGCCAUGAUCCUGCGGCAGGAGUUUGACCCAGCUGUGACCUCUCUGUGUGUGGCAGCCAGAUGUCUCAGGGAGGCGGCGAGAGAACUACUGAGCUGUCCCGAAUUACACUCCAUCCUCCGUUUGGUGCUGAAAGCCGGGAAUUAUAUGAAUGCUGGUGGAUACGCUGGGAACGCUGCUGGUUUUCGAAUUUCAUCGCUUCUCAAACUGGCUGACACCAAAGCCAACAAGCCAGGCAUGAAUUUGCUGCAUUUUGUUGCCAUGGAAGCUGUGAAAAAAGACCAGAGUUUACUUUCAUUUCCCAGCCAACUAGGACAUGUCGGCUCUGCGUCCAGGUUAAGUGAGGAAGGUGUGCUGGACGACUUAUCGAAGUUAAAGAGCAGGGUGGCCACUCUCAAGGAAAAUGUACAAACUGAGGUGGAAAUUCUGCAGCAGACCCAGUCUUUUCUGGAGAUGGCAGAGGAGCGUCUGAGGGAGGCAGACGAUGAGAUAGAAGGUAUGAGGAUGUCAAGUCAAGCUCUGGUGGAGUUCUUCUGUGAGGACGACAGCACUUUCAAACUAGAGGAGACCUGCAAAGUCUUCCAUUUGUUUUGUCAUCGUUUCCAAAGAGCUGUCAAGGAAAAUGAAGAACGGGAGCUGAAAGAGCAGAAACGUCUGGAACGUCAGCGAGAGAUGUUGGAAAAGCGCCGUUCUCUGGCUGUGUGUACAGGACUCGACCUUAGCCUGAGUCUUGCCAGAGAUCCCCCUCUCCAGGAGAACCAAGACGAGCUGGAGAAACUCCUUGAAAAGAAUCUGAGCUACUCUUGGAGUCGGCGAAGUCUUAGAAGUUCAGAUUCCCGCAGAUACGCACACCACCUCCAAAGCCACCUCCACAAUUCAGCGAUGCUCAAGAGCUUCGCUGUGUUGGGGAGCAGCCCGUCUUCGAGCAGCUAUCACUCCAACAGCUCCUCGGACCACGAGACCAGCGCUAUACUCUGCAGCUCGCCAGAGACCGACGGCACCUGCUCCAGCGUCGAAGCAGAUCCUGUUGUGGAAAAGGAGAGCAGAGAAACGAAUCAACCUCACGUAGUAACAUUUAGUCCUCCCAAACACAAAGGUGGCUUCACUGUGAAGCCGCAUGGGCAUGAGAGCAUUUCUUAUGUGCUGGAAGGCCAACAUAAGACAAUGGGACCUGAGAAAGAUCAAAACUUUUCUGCUUUGAACAAUUCCAGCACACACUCUUCUGUUUUAAACACGAACUUACCACCCCUGUGUGUUAAAAAUCAGGCCUCUGCUUACAAGCAAAGAUUUGAAACGGACACAAAUUUUCCUGUUGAGGGUGAAAGCGAAGCUUCUUGUGUCAGCAAUGCUGUGCAGCAGUCAAGUCAAGCAGGUGAAAUGCCAUCACAAAGUGACAACGAGACUUUGAAGCAUCUGAGAGACGAUCCCAAACCACAGUCAUCUCUAGAAGAAGUACAUACUCAACCACAGAAAACAGAUGUUCGAGCAAAUGUUCCUGAUGCAGCUUUAACUACAGAAGUGGGUUUUACACCAGUGGAGGAGAACUGGAUGCCCCCCAGUCUUCCUGAUUUCAGUCAGCCACAGCCAGAGAAGGCUUUGGACUCAUCACAGGCUGAGAAGGAGAUGACAAAGUCUUACUCGCGUGUCGGUGAAACACUGGAGUGCCACGCUUUGGUGAAAGGCCUCCGAUCCUAUGAAGCGAUGUCACCCCCGACCUCUCCUCUCCCACGCCCCACACCAAGCCUCUGCUCCAAGUGGAAGAAGGAGAGGGAGGUUGACCUCAGAGAAGGCACCACGCCAGGCUCACAAGCGUCAAAGGAGGAGACCAGAAGCAUGAAGAUCUCUUUCCGCAGUGGAAUAGGGGUUAAGAGAGGUCUUGUGCCACGCACAGCCUCUUCCAAUGGCUCGGCCUUUCCCACUCUGCGCUCCAAAACCGAGCCCUCUACAAGGCUGUCAAUUCAACGCAGCACGUCGGUGCGAUCACCCCCCACAGCUCGGCCAACUCUCCUUCAGGCAGAGGCGAGAAGAAGUAGCAGCACACGAGAGAGAGCAGGAAAUGAAUCACAGACUCCCAGCAGACCCCCUCUGAACCAAAAGGCUUCAGACAGAGCUGUGUCAGACCAGCAACCUCCUAGCAGCCAGCCCGCGUUCGUUAGAGGCGCUCCUGUGCGAGUGUCUAAACGUCUUGCUCCCAAGACAGAGACCCGAAUUUCCUCCCAGCCUCGUACGCUCAACAGUCCUUCCUCAACCUCGGCGAAGACCAUACGAACGACCGUCAUUUCAGCUGCCCGCAAUAAAACCAGCAAAUCGACAAGCGUGUCUCCUACUGGCUCCAAGAACCCAACAACUACAGGGAUACCCGGUCCUAAAAUGUCUCGACCUGCUGCUGCUCAGCCCCUGUGGAGGUGAUAAAAAUUCUUCCUGGUGAAGUUUGCAAAGAUUUCUGCUUAAAUGGAUUAGCAGUUUUCUACAGGCCUCAUCUCUGCUUAAGUGAACCGUUUUUUGUUUUUUUUGUAGUUUUGAGUACUUGAGGUUUUUACAUAUCUUACGAAAAGCUGCACUGAAAUCACUGGGAGUAAUUAACAUCAGCCUUAUGUUUUACAAUGUAGUGGAAUCCUAUACACUCUACCUCUCCCCCCCCCCCCCCCCCCCCCACUUGUUUCUGUCCUUUUGCAGGCAACAGGGCAGCAAAAGAUCUCUCACUGGAAAAGUUGAAAUGUAGAUGAGCUAAAAUGCUUACUUCACGACUUUUAAAUUCUACCACUCUUGAAAACCUGUUUAGUCUGGAAGAAAAGUCUUUUAGGAAGUAUCUCAAAUAUUGCAAACACUGUGGCCUUUCCCUGGAGCGAUCAGUGUUGUCAAAUGAAACGCGGUACAUUAUUUAAGUCUUUGUUCUCUUGAGGGAAAGGCCUCAUCUCAAUGAAGCACUUUAAAAACUGAGAAAGUGGCCUUAGAAUGACGGCCAUUGUUGACUUUUUACAAACUUUGUUUUUUUAUGAACAUCUUUUAACUUUAUUGAAUAAUAUGAUUUCACUGUAUCAUGUGGAGCUUUUGUAAAUAAGACAGGAAGAAUAAAGUUGGGAAAAGAA